AUGGAGGAGGAUCGCCUCCUGGGUGCUCAAGCCGCCGGAGUCGCGGCUUCCCCAAAGCGUGGCCGUUUCGAUGAGAAGCUGAAGUUCCUGCCGGUCGCCUACGUUGUCGUCGCAAUGCUUUUGCUUGCUGGCAUUUACCUGCACUAUCACAUCUCGCCGCUUUUGUCUCACACAGCCGGGCAUCUUCAGAUGCCCGACGCCGCUGCGGCCGGCGAGAUCCGAGGCCUGAUCCAGCUCAGCGCCUUCGUCCCAAUCACAGUGCUUCUGGUGAUUUCUUACGUGCGUAGUAUAUUGACACACCCCGGCGAGAUCCCUGACGAUCCCAAAUGGGAGUACAUGCCCAGAGACAAGCCCGUGGCAUUACCGCUGAGUUUGCAGGAGACCAAGAAAUCAGGGGAGCGAAGGCACUGCAAAUGGUGCGGCAAGUACAAGCCAGACAGAUGUCACCAUUGUCGAGUCUGCCGCACGUGCAUCUUGAAGAUGGACCACCAUUGCCCGUGGAUAUACAAUUGUGUGGGUUGCUUCAACUAUAAGUUCUUCAUCUUGCUGCUCUUUUAUUCAGCACUAGACUGCCACCUUAUUGCAUGGUCGAUGAGCGAAUCGGUUCUUCGUUGUGUGAACAUCGAGCAGACUCCUUUCAAGGAAAUGUUUGUGAUUUUGUUUGGCGAGUGCCUGGCGCUGAUCUUGUCACUUCUGGUGACGGCCUUUCUGACCAUGCACCUGUGGCUCAUCGCCAAAGGGCUAACAACCAUCGAGUUCUGCGAGAAAUCGCUGCCGAAGGAUGGGCAACUGGCUGAGCGAAGCAUGACGUCCGUGUAUGAUGUGGGUGUUUCGGGCAACUUCUACGCGGUUUUGGGCAGCAGCGUUUUACUUUGGCUGCUUCCUGUCGGAAUGCCCGAAGGUGAUGGCAUCACGUUUGUUUGCGACGAAACUUGCCUCACCAAGGAUAUCGAAACAACAAGUGGCAUUCGGCGCAAAACACAUCAAGUUGCUCAGCGUCAAAGGCCGUUGUCCUAUGGAUCAGAGGAGUUAGACCAACAUCGAUUGGGAAUGAAUUUUGUCUUCUUCUCUGAGACAUGA